AAAACCAUAGAAGUAGAAAAGGAAGGGCCGAAGAAUCUGCGCGCUACGGGUCGCUCGCUGGGGCAAAAUAGUUGCGCUCGCUCUUUUCCAGGUGCUGCUGCUGGGUUGAGACAGGAGGCGAAGAUGCCUCGCUUCGCCCAGCUGGUUAUGGGGCCUGCGGGGAGCGGGAAGAGCACCUACUGCUCCACCAUGGUCCAGCACUGUGAAGCGCUGAAUCGCUCGGUCCAAGUUGUCAACCUCGAUCCAGCCGCAGAACACUUUGACUAUGAUGUCAUGGCAGAUAUCCGAGAGUUGAUUGAAGUGGACGAUGUCAUGGAAGAUGACUCUCUAAGAUUUGGCCCCAAUGGUGGUUUAGUUUUUUGUAUGGAAUACUUUGCAAGUAACUUCGACUGGCUGGAACAAUGUCUCGGCCAUGUGGAAGACGAUUAUAUACUUUUCGAUUGCCCAGGACAGAUUGAACUCUACACCCAUUUGCCAGUGAUGAAACAGUUAGUGGAGCAGCUGCAGCAGUGGGAAUUCCGGGUCUGUGGUGUCUUUCUCGUUGAUUCUCAGUUUAUGGUGGAAUCCUUUAAGUUUAUCUCGGGUGCCAUGGCAGCCCUCAGCGCAAUGAUAUCCUUGGAGAUUCCCCAGAUCAACGUCAUGACAAAGAUGGACUUGCUGAGCAAAAAAGCGAAAAUGGAAAUUGAGAAGUACCUGGACCCUGACAUGUAUUCUGCCCUGGAGGAUUCUGCAGGUUUGCUCAAAAGCAAAAAGUUUAAAAAGCUGACGAAGGCAAUCUGUGGAUUGAUUGAUGACUACAGCAUGGUCCGGUUCUUGCCUUUGGAUCGGUCUGACGAGGAAAGCACCAACAUUGUACUGCAGCACAUCGAUUUUGCCAUUCAGUACGGGGAGGAUCUUGAAUUCAAAGAACCAAAGGAAGUGGAGGAAGAUAGACCUUCUGCUUUUGACGAAUACUUCCAAGACCGAGUGGAUGAAUGAAAACCAUGAAGCUGAUUUUGGCAAAUUUUCUAGUUCUGGAAUGAGACUCUUUCAGGUUCCUGCAUCUUGGACUUGCACAUGAAUAGCGUGAUAGACACAGUUGCACUGUGGUUUUUCCUCAUAAAGACCUGAAUGUAUAUACUUGUAUAGCUCUACAUCCUGCAGCUAUUUUAUUUUAAGAAAUUCAACCAAGUAAAAAGAGCUACCAUGAGCAAUAAACUUCCUUAUGCCUGGUA